AUGGCCGACAACGAUCUAACCGAAUCAAUAUCAUUAGCAGAGUCAAUUAAUGUUGACAAACUGCUUCAGAAGCUAGAAUGCCCCGUCUGCUUCCAACUAUGUUCACCACCCUUUUUCCAAUGCAAGAAUGGCCAUAUUUUAUGCAAUUGCUGCUUGGAUAACGUGAAGAAUUGUCCGUUAUGCCGUCAACCACAUGGUAAGUAAUUUUGUUUUAUUGUUUUUAAAGUUUAGAAUUUAAUUCAGCAAAGUUCGGGUUCAAAUUUAUGAAUAAUACUGUUGUGAUAUCUAAAAUCUUUAGGUGUGAGCAGAUCCCGCGCUUUGGAGGAAAUGGUUGAAAUGUUUCAAUUUCCAUGUGCCUACAAAGCUCAAGGAUGUAGUGCUGUUAUGAAAUUUAGCGAGAAAGGUCAGCACGACGAAACAUGUGCGUAUCAAAAUGUUGAGGUACACAAAAUCGAAGAAUUAGUGGAUAACGCAUUGGAAAACCAAAAUUCAAGUAGGUUUUUGCUUUCUUUAUUGAUGUUUGAUGUUUAGAAGGUGUUCCAGUGAAGCUACUGUUCCGACGUCAACCAGGAAAGGUGCCAGUGGUCUUUAUUCCGUAUUUUGCGGAAAAGACCCUCAAUCACAUGAAGAUCAACAAGUUCCUAAUCGAUGACACUCAAGCUGUCUCUUACCUGUAUGCUUUGGUCAGGAGUCGACUCAAGAUUAAAAAGAAUGAAGCGAUCUUCCUUAUGGUUGGCGGCACUAAUUUGGUUUUGCAAUCGGUACCAAUUGGAGCGCUUUAUCAGACUAUGCAGGCGGAUAAUGGCAUUUUAUACGUUACUUACUGCUCUCAGCCAACGUUUGGCUAA